AUGUGCUACAAGAUCAUUCAGUACGUUGAAUACAGGUGUUCGCACCAAUAUCCAACCAGGGAGCAGAUAGUCGACUGCAACAGUCGCAACUGUCGGCUGAGCAGUCUGCAUAGGUCGGACGCACACGACUGCCCUUCAAUUUGUCGACAGGAGUGA